AUGUCCAAACGACCCAUUCCGGAGCAGCACCUCUACACUUGCUGGAGGCAAAACAACUCCAUCGCUGUGAAAACAGCCCUCGACGACAUCCUGUUGGCCAUUCCUUCCUCCAACUCCAAAAGACUAGAAAACAUCACCUGGCGCCGCUGGUACAAGGACCUCUGUGGUCUAGACGAAGUGGCACCGGCCGAAAUCAACUGGGACAAGUCCCACGACAUCACAUGGCUCUAUGGGCCCAAGUACAUCCUCGAGGUGGAGCCGGAGCCCCAGGCUUCCUUGACUCCUCACUUGAGCAAACUUGACUUCUCCAUGGACAGCGACGCUGAGCUGGUUUCCUCUGUGCAGCUGGGAGCCAGUCUGAUGAAUUUCGACGACGAGUCACUGGUGGCUUCGUCUGUUUCUGAGCAGGAUAAUGUUGACGAUGACGACGACGACGAGUGCCAUUUUGGCCUCAAGCCUGCGCUCAAGAGACGUCCCAGCGAGUUUGCACCCGUUGUCCCGGCCGGUUCCGGGACCAAGAAGGCGGUCAAGUUCAACUACAUUGUCAACUCGCGGGAGUUUGUGAACGGGAUUCUGUUUGACUACGAUUUCUUGGACCCUCUGUGCUUGUGA